AUGGGACCAAGCAUGUUGCUGGCGGCAGGUUACCCCGUGGGGGAUCAGAAGGUGAAGAGAGGCCUCAGAAAGGGAAAACGUCCAUCUCAGCUGGGCCUUUCAUGUACCCCGGGCAUUUACGGACUUCGCAGAGCUGGACCCAAAGAAAAGCAACCCAAUCAACGAUUACUCGGCACCAACAUCACAAUCUACCACUUCAGGAAGGAAGGAUCUCGUCUAUUCCCCGGAACAAGUAUGGUCUUUCAAACAGGCGGCCGGAAUCGCAGCCUUCUGAGAAUGCCCCCAGCAAAGAAACCGCAGAAUCCCUUGUCGUCUCUUGUUCGGACAGCAGUGGAUCAGAACAUUGUAUUCAAAGCGAACGUGAUGAAGCUCAAUCAAACCAUCCUCUGCCUGAUGUGGAGUCUCCCGACGAUCGAGACAAUGACAUGA